GCUAUACGAUGCUCAUGAUACUGCCAUUUUAACAGCACAUUUUCACAAACAUCACUUUAUCCCUAAUCACGAGAUCGUCAAUAUGAAUUUACAAAGAAUUUAUGGGCAUUCUGAAACUAACAGGUCUUAAUGCAAACGCCCCAGUCGAUUAUAUUCAUUCGUUUGGUCAGUUAGUGCGGGACUAGUUGCACAUUUAUCCUCAAAAAAAAAAAAAAAAACAUUCGGGUGUGCUCGGAUGCCUUGCCUGGGAACGCCACGGUGUUCUACGCUUUCUGCCUGAAAGACAGCGAAGAAUAUGGGGCUUUCCAUCCUCAGACACUGAGAAGCAUAACCAAGAUCAAAUAAGAUAUGGAAGCUAUAUGGCUGUACCAGUUCCGGCUGAUUGUCAUUGGCGACUCGACGGUGGGGAAGUCUUGUUUGAUCAGACGCUUCACAGAAGGACGUUUUGCACAGGUGUCUGAUCCUACUGUUGGCGUAGACUUCUUCUCCCGUCUGGUAGAGAUUGAACCGGGCAAACGCAUCAAGCUUCAGAUCUGGGACACGGCAGGCCAAGAGAGAUUCAGAUCUAUCACAAGGGCUUAUUAUCGUAAUUCAGUGGGUGGCCUUUUGCUUUUCGACAUCACCAACCGCCGCUCCUUCCAGAAUGUCCACGAGUGGCUGGAGGAAGCGCGCAGUCAUGUGCAGCCGCACAGCAUUGUCUUCUUACUGGUGGGCCACAAGUGUGACCUGGAGCAGCAGCGGCAGGUGAGCCAGCAGGAGGCCGAGAAACUGGCAGCCGCUUACGGCAUGCGCUACGUGGAGACCUCGGCGCGUGACGCCAUAAACGUAGAGAGGGCCUUCACGGAGCUGACGCGCGAUAUCUACGACUUAGUCAAAAGUGGUGAGAUCACCAUCCAGGAGGGCUGGGAGGGUGUUAAGAGCGGUUUCGUGCCCAACGUGGUGCACUCAUCCGAGGAGGUGACCAAGAGCGACCGCCGCUGCCUCUGUUGAUCAAGUGACUUCUGUAUCAUGCUCCUUCACUGCAAAACCAGUGCCGUCGUUCUCCCUUAGCUUGACAACCCACAAAUACUCAUCCCCUCGAUCAAUGUUUCCUGCUUUCGUAGUUAAUUCGAAUAAAGUUCCUAUUCUCUUUAAAGCCAAUUCAGAUAAUGACCUUAAUGUGACCCUGGACCACAAAAGCAGUCAUAAGGGUCGAUUAUUUUGGAAAUUGAGAUUUGUACAUCUUAAUAAAUAGGCUUUCCAUUGAUGUGUGGUUUGUUAGGAUCGGACAAUAUUUGGAUGAGAAGCACCUAUUUGAAAAUCUGGAAACUGAGGGUGCAAAAAAAAGAAAAAGUUGUCCAAAUGAAGUUCUUA